AUGCUUACCCUGCUAGAUACUCAAAUCAUCAGUUACGCCCUAGGGCCAUCGAGAGGACCUCGAGCCACAAUAUCGCUAUCCUCUAGUUACGACAAUGUACAUUAUCUGGAGUUCUACUACUACCACGUCGGACCGAUGUUAUCCGGCAGAUUCGACACCGAGUUCUGGUGUGGAAUAGUACUUCAAAUGGCUCAUGCCGAGCCCACUGUCCGCAACGCCAUGAUAGCCCUCGCUCAUCUAAACCAACACCAAUGCGGCAGUCUAGCACAAGCGCGCCAGUUUCCCGCAAUGAACAACACAGAAAGCGGCCGCCAGUUCGGUCUAUACUACAAUAAAGCAAUCAGAUGUCUUGUAGCCCGCAUGACCGAGGCAUCCUACGCACCAGAAACAGGGCUGGUGACUUGUCUCCUCUUCGCCUGCAUAGAGUUCCUACGAGCUGAGAUGCAAAACGCACUGCUUCAUAUGCGAAAUGGCCUUUGUAUUGUUUCCGAACUGCGGAGAAAACAUGGCAUUAGCGCAUCUUCUUCGUUACCUGAUACUGCGCUGAGACCUAACGGUGUCAACGGACCGCUAAAUAUGAUUGAGAGAACGCUGGUUCCGGUCUUCACCCAGGGUCUGAUAUCGGCGCUGUUGUAUGGUGUGGACGUGGAUACGGAAUUCGCUUUCCUUCAUCCCACACCACUAAAGCACGUACACAUGCAAGACUUCACCAGUACUCGCGAAGCUCGUCUUGUGUACUGUGAGAUCAGGAAUGCGUCAAUCCUUCUUGCGCGUGAUAUGGCUAUCAAUAUAUUCCAAGGCCUUGAACCAUCGGCAUCGGACCGCGAGCGUCAAACCUACAUCUUGUCCUGUCACCAAACUUGGCUCAAAGCUCUGCUCGUCUUCCAAGAAAAUACAAGAAAUAUGUCGGAGGACGACGAACUUGCGAUCAGUGCGUUAAAAAUCGGUUAUCACGCGACGUAUACAGCAACAGCCUGCGCGCACGACGCAUGUCAGAUGUCUUUCGACACGCACCUCGACAGCUUCGAAGCCAUCAUCUACCACGCAACACUUCUCAUCAAUAACACUAUGAACAUCGUGACUCGUACGCAAACGCAACGUUCUCAUACAGGCGCCGCCGCAAACUUCACUUUCGACACAUUGUUAGUCCCAGCCUUGUAUUACACAGCCCUCCGCUGCCGCCAUCCUGCCACACGCCGUGAAGCCAUCGCACUCCUCUCCCGCAAACUCGCCCGCGAAGGCCUUUGGGACCCGGAGCAGUAUCGUAUCGUAGCUGAGCGCGUCGUUGAGAUUGAAGAGAAGGAGGUUGAUGAAAGAGGCUGGCCGGUAGAGCGAACGAGACUAUGGAGCGGUACUGCGACGGCUGAUGCGGAUGAGGAGAGUGGAUUUCGAGCAGAUUUCUUUAUAUGUCUCUCUGUCAUGACUUUCCUCGCCCCAAAACUCCAGAUCAUCUCCGACCUCCAUCUGGAGACUCCCAUCACAAACCCACAAUACUCACACAUUAACCUCGAGGUCAGCGGCACCGUAUUAUUCCUGCUCGGCGACAUAGGCCUGGUCAUACACGAUGGCCUUUUCGUGUUUCUGCGGAAUCUUCUCGAGAAAAACCGUGAUUGCCACAUCUUCUAUGUCCUAGGCAACCACGAAGCCUACCAGACGACUCUCGAAAAGGGUGUCGAGCAUAUGCGCAGCUUCGAGGCGACUGCAAGACAAAACUUUGGUGGUCGUUUUCACCUCCUCUCUCGCGAUCGAUACGACCUCAACGAGAAAGUAACAAUACUAGGCUGCACACUAUGGAGCAGUAUUCAACCACAUCAAGCCGCUGAGGUCGGUUCCAGAAUGAAAGAUUACAGAGAAGAGCAGGGUAUACAGGACUGGACACUUGAGAGAAGCUGCACAGAGCAUACCCGCGAUGUACAAUGGCUCAACGCGCAAGUCGAGCUUAUUCAAAGGACUGAACCGCAUCGAAGCAUAAUAGUCUUGACACAUCACUGUCCUACGAUCGAUACCCGUGCGACCCAUCCACAGCAUGAGGCUAGUUCGAUAAAUUCAGGAUUUGUAUCUGAUUUGUCGAAGGAAAUGUGUUGGAGGUCGGCGGCUGUCAAGAUGUGGGCUUUUGGACAUACGCAUUACAGUUGUGCGUUUCGGGAUAAUGCGACGGGUAAGCUGGUAGUGUCAAAUCAGAUGGGGUAUGGUGGUAUUGCAGGUACGAGCGGGGGUAGAAAGAGGAUUAAGACUGUGGUAGUGGAGCAGGAAGGGGAUGGGUGGCAGGUGGUGGAAGACAUGCAGUUGGUCGAGCAGCGAGAAGAAGAAAGGCAUGAUUAG